AUGUCUUCAUCAGAUGAGUCCGAAUCCACCACCAGAUCCCCAGAUUCCCCUGCCAUCAAGACACCUCUGUGGAGGUCACUAUACGUGUUGUCCACUGCUACAACAGCCGUGAAUGAAAACAAGGUAACUAGUGUGCCAGCAGCAAACAACCCACGUCCUCUCAGGUUCACAGCAGACAACGCGGAAUACUGGGUGAACGAUGCUGGGGAAGCCUUCACAUUCAGAUUCCCUGCAAUGAUUGACUUCGAUGGGCAGUUGGACCGAACGGGUCCAUAUUUCAACCUGCCACAAACUGGUUUGGAUCUGGGAGUGUUGAAAAAAAUGUGCGCCCAAUUUGAGAUCCACCCUCUUGAGGUUGAAGCACAAGACAAAUACCCAGAAGAGGCUAUCAAGUGCCAUUCAUUGGCAUUCAAUAUGCUGAACGUCCUUCAUGGGGAAGCUGAGGAAGCCAGGAACUCACAUGAGUGUUAA